CGUGAGGAUAGAGAUGACGUAUGGAAGUAAAUAGAACCAAAAUAUCAACAAAGUGUCGUGACAGCCUUGCAAAAUAGUCUGAACUGCGCCAUCAAUUAAACAUCCGGAAAAUUCUAACAAAUGGCCAGCAUUUCGAAGCAAGAAGAAUUUCAGGAUUCUUGGGUGGACCUGGAAUCCAGUGGUCAGUCCACAGAAGCAAUGACUUCCAUCCAUAAUGGAAACUCGGAGGUGGAGAAGCUCUUGAUAGAGGCUCAGAAGGAAUCUCGAAGUCCCUCCCGAGCCAACAGCAAGGAGUCCUCAGCAAGAGGAAGCCCAAAGAGUCCACACAGUCCAAACAAUGAACUUCAGGAGACCAGAGACCCUGGAACAGAGUGGAUUUGGGACUGGUCAAGUCGGCCAGAGGCCAAUCCUCCUAUAGAAUGGAAGGAGAGAUUUAAGCGGCCAGCUACCAGUGUUAGGAAUACACGUGUAAUGAAGACCACUUUCUUCUCCUGGGAAAACUUGCCAUAUAUUGUAUGCAGUUCUACUAUAGCCUUUAUAAGUGGAGCCGCCAUGAUGUUUCUAAUAAUGAGAAGACUGGGCAAUAACAAAUUAACCAUCUAGACAGUCUUCAACAUGAAUUCAAGGUCUGCCGCUGACAUGAAAGACCACAGACAGUCCUCAAAUAGACACACACACAAAGUGAAAAAUUCUUAAUAUUGAGAGAGAGCUUUGUCUGUUUCACAUUUAGGGAUGAUCUGCUUGCAUAAUUAUAUGCAAGAUAUUUGUUUUUUUUCAUUUACUUCUCAUAAAUAACAAAUUACAUGUAGGUUUAUAUAUUAAGGUUUUUUUGUGUGAAAUGCAUAACCCAUACACAGUCUUUUUGAGAAACCUGCAUUUGAGUUGGUGAAUGCACACAUUUUGCUAAGUGACUCUUUUUGACUUUCUACAGCUCAAAUAAACCAUAUUUUUCAAGUUUGAACAUCAAGAGUUAAAUAUUUUGGUAAUACUUUUUCAAAGAAAAAUUUAUCAGUAUGACAUUUGUUAUGAAAUUUUAAAAGCAAAAUGCCCUGAACACAAUCUUUGAAUCAUAUGUAUACAUUGGAUUAUUAUACAUCCUAAAUUGUACAACUUUACCGUCCAUAUUUUGUUGAGAACCUAACAGUAUAUAUUAUGUGCAUUCUCUAAUCUUACAACUUACAAUGAAUAUUAUUUAUAUGUUGAAUUUAAGAAAAAAAACACACACCUGCAUUUAUUUUUUCUACCAUUUUAAUCAAAUUCUUUUAAGAAAUACCUAUAAAUGCACAAAUUAUUUUAUUCAAAAUGAUGUGUCUGACUAUUUGAUCAGAUUUUACUAAAACCUUUAGAUAUAUAAAUCAUUUUGGGUAGGCAAGCAGAAAUUGAUUUUUUUUAAUUUCUAAUUUCAAGUUUGUGUAAAGAAGUUGUAUGUUGGUAUGCGGAGUGUUGAAUGACCUUGAUAAUUUACAUUUGUUAAACAUAUUUAAGGGACAGAAUUUCCCGUUAUGGUGAAAUUUUGCAUUAUCCUUUUCUACCAUUGAUUGUAGUAACACAAUUCGUAAGUUUCAUUUAUGCCCCCCUCCCCUCUUAAUAAAAAUGUGUGUAGAUUUCUACAGCUUUUUGUAGACACUUUUAGUGUUUCAUGUACCAAUAUUUAUUCUUUUAUUUAUUGAUUUUCAAGAAAGUUGUCUCAAACUUUGGGAUCCUCCCCAUACAAAUUAAAAUGAUUUGGAUCCAUGUAUAGACAGUAUAGUGCUCUAGUUGCAUAAUGGGAUCUUCUCAUUUGAAUAUUCAUGAGAUUCAGAGACUCUCUUGUCAUAACGUAUCAUCAUUGUGCUUCUUUCUUCCAGCAAUUAUAUAUUGUAGUUGGUAUCCAUUUAUUGUAGUGUUUUAAGUUAUGUCCAAAUACAUGGCAGGGAAACAAAAUUAUAAAUAACUAAAUCUAUCAUUAUAAGUAAAAGUAAAAAAUGGUAAACUUUCUACAUUGUAAAGAUUUUAACCACAUGAAAAUAAAUUUUGAAACAGACUACCCUGCAUUUUAACAGGAAAUUUGGAUAUAGCUUAUUAAAUGUAGGAAAUAUGUAUGUUUUCUGCGAUAUUAAUUGUACUUUUAGUUUAUACUAGAUUUUGCAUCAAAAUACUGAUUUUUUUGUGGCCUUAUAGUAUUUUGGAAGGUAUCAGGUAGUGAAAUAACACAUGACAAAUGUACUCAUUUUUUAAAUUUCUGAAGUGUUUUUAAAUUAUCCAUAGACUUACAACUUAAUAUAGUGCUAUUUUUUCAUUUUAGUUUAAAAAAAAAAGUCUUUAAAAUGUGCUGGCAACUUUAAUUUUAAUGUAUUAAUAAUUGAAAUAAUUAUUACAGUUGUACUUCAAGUGCAUUAUAUAUGCGUUACAGAUUUAAUUAGUUUGUGCAGAAUAUGUGCACUGAGUACACCGUAUAGCAUAUAAUAGCUUAAUUUGCAUUAUUCGUUUCAUUUUGAUAGAUGUUAUCUUUAACUACUAAGGACUCAAUUAUCCAUAUUCCAGUUUCUACGCACAAUUCAUUUCAAAAGUUGUGUAUUUGAUCACAUGCUAAUUUUGCAACGAUAAUAAACUUAAUUCUGUGGGUUGAUUGAAUACAUAUACAUAUACUAGUAUCUACAUGUAUAUGACAUGUAGAUAAUCCAUGUACCUUAUAACACUAGUUCACUUUUUUUUUUUUAAAAAAAGGAUGUUACAUACAUAAACUGUAAGAUCUGAUUUUUUUCUUUGCCAAUUUGAAGAUAGUAUUCAAGGAAUUAAGCAUUUAAUAUUCAUUGAAAAGUAUGGUGUGUGCCUCAACAUUUUUAAGAUUUACAAAACAAAGUAAAACUGGAAACCAACACCUUAAGGUUAAAAAUGCGGAAGAUUCCCACGUGUGGAUACCAAACAGAUUUUUUAAGAUUUGGUAAAUCAUGCUAAGUGUACAUAGAUGUAUAACAUACCUGAACCUUUGAUGGUCUCUCACCCAUUUUAUAAGAAAACAGCUGGUCAUUUGCCUUAAUAUUCACAACUAAAUACAUGUAGGAGUUUUGUCAGCAUUAGUAUUGUUGAGGAGAGUUUAUGAAGAGUUAUCUCAUUGAAGAAUGCCUUUGAAUGUUGAUUGUUGAGUGAUGUUAUGUGCAGUGUUAUAUUACUGUAAAAUGUUACAGUUUUUAUUUAUGUUCAUUUUGCAAGGAUAAUUUUUGCACAUUUUUUGUGUAAUUUUUUUAUGCAGAUGGAGGUACACAUAAUUGUUAUAGACAGGACAAUUUUCUUGAUUCUGGUUACUGAUAAUGUUUAUGAAUUGUCUCUCCUUUAAAUGUAACUAAUUUCUGAUCUUUGCACAUGUAAACAUUAUUUUUUGGGGAAAAAAAAACAACUACUCCUUCACAUUUAACAAAAGUUUUGAGGUUGUUAAGAAAAAGCUCACCAGUUUGUUUAUGAAAUAGAGUAUUAAUUCUAGAACUAAUCUGUUCUGGAUAUUUUUUAUUGUAACUGAGUCCAUUCAUAAUUAGGAGUUAAAUUUUCAUGCGCUUAUUUUUCCUUUAGCACAUAAAAGUGUAUUUUGAAUAUGCACGAGUAUUUAGUGUGUCUUCAGCAACUACUGUAUAUAGAAGUCUUUAUUUAAAAUUUCAUAAGCUGUUUCCUCUUAUUUUGCAGUUUUAUUUUAAGGGGAUAAGUUUGGUGAAUAUUUACUCUGCAUAUUAAAUUUUCCCCCCUGUACAGUAUUUUAGAAUGACAAACACCAAACUAUGUAGUUGCAUUAACAAUUCAUGAGUAUUUUGGACCACUGACAUUGUAACAUUUGGACAUUCCAGUGUGUUGGUAGUAGACUAGGACUGGUUUUGUUAUUAAAUGUAAUUUUUGAAGGUCAAGAAGUGUUAAUAAAGUAAGGUUCAAAAAUGUUGUAACAUCCGGUGUUUCACAGAAAAGUUCAUGCUUACAAUCCAAAAUACAUAUAAUGAAUAACAAUCUACAUUGAGUUUCCUAGUCAUUUCUUCAAUCAAAUUUUUAGUUUUAGCAUGUAUAUACACAUGUAUAUAAAUGAAACCAAUAGUACAUGUAAACUUCAUUAGACACUUAUCUUUCUGUCAGGGCAUACCAAGAACUUGUGCUGUACAUGCUGAUAUUGUUUGUUAUAAUUUUUAUGCUACUUCAUGAAAAAAAAAUGGUAAGAUUCUUUAGGAAACAAAAUUUUCACAUUGUAAAGUUUAGUAUAAAGCUAGAAUUUAUUUUAUCAUAAUGAAGAUAAUGAUUGAUCUUGAUUAUUUUUUAUUUCUCAACAAAACUGGCAUAUGUAUCAAUAUUUAUGGUAGUUAGCAGUUAUUCAUUUGUGUUUGACAGUCUUUACGCAAGAGAACAACGAAAAAGUCAAAAUCUUAAGGAAAAAAGUUGCAGGAUUUGCUGCUUAUGUCAGUAUUUAAGUUUUUUUCAAGUAGUAUUUAAGUUCUGGUAAAUUUAUAUUUCAUAUGCAUAUGACAUAGCUCAAAUUCCUGUAUCCCUGCUUUUAUAUGUGAAUAUUUAUCUGCUUUUGGAAAAUUUAUUUCUUAUUUGAUCUGUGCAAAAUUACAAAUUGAUCAUGUUCAGUAUUUAGUGCAAUUACAUUAAAAUGGAUUUGGUGUAUCGUAA